AUGCUGCUCUCCUCGCUCGCGUUGCUCUCGCUCUCGCUACUACAUCUCGGUCGGGCAGCGCCCGCGACCGCACGUGCGGAAUGUACCCUUGAUUUCCCCGGGUUGGCGCUUGCUGGUCGAGCGACCGACGGCGGAGCUUGCAGAUAUACGGUCCAGUAUGCCCAGGCGAGGCGAUGGGAGGAUGCAGUGCCUAUGAUGGAUCAGAGCAAACACGACGCGACGACGCUCCCGCCUGUCUGUCCGCAGACCCCGGGAGGGCCUAUGCUGGUCUCAUCGCCGGGUCAGGACGAACAGUGCCUCUACGCGGUGGUAUAUACACCAAAGACCGCGAAGAGGGGGGAUAGGCUUCCGGUCUUUGUUUGGAUACAUGGAGGAUCCUUCUAUGCUGGCUCGGCUUCUAGUCCCGGUCUGGAUGGAUCGGUACUGGCUACGAAGGGCAAUAUGAUUGUCGUAGUUCUACAGUACCGUCUAGGUAUCCUCGGCCUACUCCCUCCCUCCUCCAGUCCAGCAAGCGGCGAUGCAAGUCUCGCCAUCAAGGAUGUCAUUCUUGCUCUUACCCAGAUCCAGUCGUACGCCGAGUGGAUUGGCGGGGACCGGGGCAGGGUCACUUUGGGCGGACAGAGCUCGGGCGCGUCCAUGAUCCGUGCACUGCUAGCUGCACCAAGAGCGAAAGGGUUGUUCCGGGCUGCAGUACUUCAGUCUGAUCCGAUGACAUACGGGACAGCCUCGGCCAGUAUCACUUCCCGACUACAACAAAUGUUCUACUCUCAGCCCGCCUUGGCCUUUUGCUCUGACUUCGCCUGCCUCCAGCGCAUCCCUGUCGGUGAUAUCCUCAAGGGUCAGGCGGGCUUUAUCGUUGCCGCACCAAGUCAAGUCCCCGGUGUUCCAGUCGUCACUCCGCUACGACCGACACACAACACCCCCACUCUUCCUCUCGAGUCGACCUCCCAAGCCUUCUCCACCGCCUACACCCUUCCCAGUCCCCCUAUCGCUGUUCCCCUUCUCAUUACCACGACGUCAAACGAGGCCGGUCAAGUCGUCGGAUCCCUCUUUCCCCGCCCCAUCCCCGCCGACAACGCAACAUACACCGGCGUUCUAUCGGUCUUCGUCAAUCCAUCUCGCGCGGGCGUCAUUGCCAAUUCGUCAGAGUACGCUAUGACGGGCAAGAAGGGGGAAGAUGAGUUCAGGCAGACGUUCGAGAGGCUGGUCAGUGAUGGGGUGUGGAGGUGUCCGAGUAGGGACUUUGCGGGGCGAUGGGCGGAACAAGGCGGGAAGGUGUGGGUUGGGGAGUGGACCAAGGGGGUGGGGUAUGCCAGUAAUGUUGGAGGCGGGUAUUGCGGGCAGCAGGGGAGAGUGUGCCAUGAGGACGACAUCUUUCCGACAUUCCGUAUGACACCUUCACCGAAUGCAGAGACAGCAGCACUCCAAGACAAAGUCCUCUCGCACUGGUCCGCCUUCAUCCACAACCUCGACCCAAACAUAUCUCCCCCUCUUCUUCCCGCCCCGCCCCCUAAGCCAGGAGGUGCAGAGAUCGGUAUCGCCCUUCCCGUCCUUCCUGGCGGGAUCGGCUCAGAGCUCGGUAUCCCAAAACAUAUUGACUGUACCAUCCGGCACAGGAACCUAUCCUGUCCGUCAGACAAGGGGCCGAAGCCCCAGCCAAAGCCGAAGCCGAAGCCAGAACCGGUGGUUGGACCGAAGCAGCACGAAAGUCGGGCGGAGCGGUGGGACAGGUAUACAGGGAACGAGGGUCAGGUGUAUGCUCUGGGCGGCGGGAAGGUGGGCGGGUGUCCGAAGGGAUUCUGGGGGGAGAAGGUGAGGUACGAUUGGCAGUUGUACUGA